AACAAAACUGCCAUCACCUUCUUUUCUUCUUCUCCUCUCUUCGUUCCAAGUCCAAACAAUUACUCAACCAUGACAACCACAUCGGCUGCUCUGAACAGCAACGAACCGCAACGAGUGGUAGCCCCAUUGGAAAUCAUGGACUCCCAAGAAGAAGAAGAAAAGGAACUUCUCUGCAAGGAAACUUCCGAUGAUGACGACGAUGAUGAGUAUGACAGCGACUAUGACGACGACGAAGACAGCAGCUCUGGUAGUUGGAAAGACUUGAUUGUCUGGAGUGAAUGGAGACAACAUGGCGUUGCCAUUUUGGUGGCUAUCUUGGCCACCAUUCUUGCCACUGUCUGGCAACAUUAUGCGCAACAACAGGAGCACGACUACCAUCUCUUUGAGUCGUCUUCUUCUUCUUCUGCUAGUAGCAAUGCCUACGCGUCCACCUUUCGCCACGAACAUUUGGACGGAUACCAGCGCACGGCCAACAUUAGUUUUUGUCCAUCCACAUUGAAAUCGAAAGUCGAACAACACUUGGAACUCUUUGACUUUCACGUUCCCCUUGAAAGUGUCGACGCGGUCCAACUCCACUAUGUGGCCGAUGCCAUGGAAGAUGACGAUUAUUCCACCGUCUUGGCGAAACGCGUUCCUUCCAAACUCACAAUCCACGAUCCCGAAUAUCAUUGUUUGCGACAACGCGUGGUUCAAGCUAACGAGAACAAGAAGAGCUACGUCACGGGAACCACCUACUUUUAUCAGCCACCCUCCUUUCUAGACAUGUACCCUCAUCUCAAGGAUAUUUUGCCAGAACAGCAACAACAACAACCCACCAAGAGUAUUACAGGAUUGACCGACAAGAACAAAAAGAAACGACAACCCAAACCAGCAUCCUUGUCGUUUACUGGGUUUGCCGCCAAAUUCAUCAAUCUAUCUCCGCAUCCCAUUCUACUCCAUUGGGAUGGAAAGGGAGGACACGCCAAUUCCCAGAGACUGGUCGGAGAAAUUGCACCCUUUGAUUCCCUCGGAACGGCCACGACACCCGGACAAUCCUUUUUCGUCAGUCCCGUCUAUGAUUCCUCCCAUGCCCUCGACCGAUGGGUCGUUACUGCCGACGACUCGGUCAUGGUACACGAAGAUUCUACCAAGAACCACCACAAGUGGACACCCGCCGAUUGGCAAUUGUAUCACAUGCAAAUGGCCAAUCUCGAAUUUGCCCAACACUACUUGAUCGCCUCUCAUCGAACGUGGUUGGCACACUUUCCAAGACCCUUCCCCGUACAUCCCAUGAUUGCCGCCACGCAUGUCGGACAACAACAUUCUGUAAAGCUGGAGGAUCGCACAUUGCCGCUGGAAGUGGUUUCCGUGACGCCUCGUGUCUUGGCCAUGGACGACUUUUUGACACAUGACGAGUGUCAGGCUCUCAUGUCCUUGGCGGCCGCACAAGGACUCCAAGGAUCCACUCUCUACGCGGGAGGCAUGGCCCAACAGCAACGCGAUCUGUCCACUCGAUCGUCCACCAAUGCCUGGUUGAGUCGAGAAACGUCCCAACUCACGGAUCGAAUCUAUCGACGAGCCGCGCAACUCUUGCAAAUGAAGGAAUCGCUUUUGCAACAACCCGCAUUUUAUCAUCAUGACGAGGACGACGAAGAGGCUCCCGAUUAUACGCAACAUUCCAUUGCCGAAUCGUUGCAAGUGGUGCGGUACCAACCGGGAGAAGAGUACACGGCCCAUCACGACUUUGUCUAUCCAUCCGCCCGGCAUCGGUACCAACCCACGCGCUAUGCCACUCUGUUGUUGUAUCUCAAUGACGACUUUACCGGAGGACAGACCAACUUUCCACGAGCCGUCAAUCCUUCCAAACAUGAUGGCAUUACCAUUACACCCAAAGCUGGCAAGGCGGUUCUGUUCUACAAUAUGCUGCCGGAUGGAAAUGUCGAUGAUUUGAGUCAACAUCAGUCGCUGCCAGUGGAAAACGGUGAAAAGUGGUUGGCCAAUCUGUGGGUCUGGGACCCUGUCAUCAAUUAGUUACCGUUACUAGUAGAGAGAGCACCUGAGAAGAUGAAGAGUGAUGCUACCUGUUUUACUUAGAUAAUUGCAAUGAGAAUGGAAAGGGCGAGCCUAUCUUGGAGAUGAUUCAAUGAAGAAUAGUGACAUGAUUGGUCCUCCGAAGUUCAGCUGACAGUAACAGUCUAGAUAUCAUAAAUUUAUCCCAACUCUCUAGACUGGACAGCACUGAUUUGAACGACGUGUGUUGGCAAGAUCAAGAUGAAACUCGUACCGGUAUUCUCCUGACUGCUUCGGGAUUGUGCUCACCUCCGUCUAGUCUUAUCGAUAGAUGUGGCUAAAAAAGUACUAUGAUCGUUCUGUAACGUGCA